AUGGAUCCUUAUGAGGAUGAGAACCCUCCAGUGGAGGAGACAGAGAAAGAGAGCGAGCACAGUAGUGAAAAGAUUAUCAAUGAAGAGUACAAGACCUGGAAAAAGAAUGCGCCAUUCCUCUAUGACAUGAUGCUGAGCACGGCUCUGGAGUGGCCGACUCUCACUACCCAGUGGCUGCCAGAUAAGCAGGAAGUUCCGGACAAGCCUUAUUCAACCCAUCGUCUUCUUAUCGGCACGCACACUGCUGGUGAUGCCCAGAACUACCUUCAGAUUGCACAUGUCCAGCUCCCCAACCCCAAUGUUCCGAAUCCCGAGGAUUACGACGAGGACAAGGGUGAGAUUGGUGGCUAUGGCGGGGGCUCCAAGAAGCCUCAGAUGGAAAUCAAGUUCAACAUCGUUCAAAAGAUUGAUCACAAAGGCGAGGUCAACAAGGCACGAUACCAGCCCCAGAAUCCCAACAUCAUUGCGACCAUGUGCACGGAUGGCCGAGUGAUGAUCUGGGACCGGUCAAAGCACCCCAGCAUGCCUACUGGAACAGUGAACCCCCAAAUGGAGCUCCUGGGACACGAAGCUGAAGGAUUUGGCCUGAGCUGGAACCCUCACGAGGCCGGCCACCUCGCCACUGGCAGUGAAGAUAAGACUGUCCGUCUCUGGGACCUUACCACCUACACCAAGGGCAACAAAGCCGUUCGUCCUGUUCGCACCUAUACCCACCACUCUUCCAUCGUCAAUGAUGUCCAGUACCACCCUCUUCACUCUUCCCUCAUCGGCACCGUCUCCGACGACAUCACUCUUCAGAUCUUGGAUGUCCGCGCUGCGGACACGACUCAGGCUGCUGCCUCUGCCACCGGUCAGCACCGCGAUGCGAUCAACUCGAUCUCCUUCAAUCCGGCGGCGGAGACUAUUCUGGCCACUGGAUCUGCAGACAAGACCAUUGGCUUGUGGGAUCUGCGAAAUCUGAAGACGAAGCUACACUCGCUGGAGGGUCACGCUGAUUCCGUGCAAUCUGUUUCGUGGCAUCCGUUUGAGGAAUCCGUGCUAGCAAGCUCCAGCUAUGAUCGCAAGAUUAUGUUUUGGGAUCUCAGCCGAGCGGGCGAGGAGCAGACUCCCGAAGAUGCGCAAGACGGGCCGCCAGAGCUUCUGUUUAUGCACGGUGGGCACACCAACCGCAUUUCCGACUUUAGCUGGAACCUCAGCGAUCCCUGGGUUUUGUGCUCGGCUGCUGAAGACAACCUGCUGCAGGUGUGGAAGGUGGCAGAUGCGAUUGUGGGCAAGGAUCUGGAGGAUGUCCCGACGGAAGAGCUGGAGGCAUGA